GUGACGUCAGUUGGUCGCGUGUCCCCGUUCCUGCCGCCAGUAAACAGUUUGGCUUGUAGGCCAGCGAGUCUGAGCGGCUGCGUCUCGGGACCGUGGGGAACCGCGAGGCGGCCAGAAGCUGGAGCGCGGGCCCUGGAGGGCUGCCUCCACCGCAACGGCGAGACGGAAGUCCAGCGGCGGCCCGCGCCCGGCUUCCGGGCUGUCCGGGGUGCUCCCGGAGCGGCGAUCUCCCGGUUUCCGGCCCUGGCGGGCCCGGCGGCCUCGCGCAAAGAGGCGCGUCCUCACCUGCUGAGAAGGGGAGCUGGAGCCGACUGGCGGCGGCGCGGGGAGCCGGAAUCACGCUCUGGCCCGAGGCCGCCGCGCUCCCGAAGGAACGUUCGUUCAUUCCUUUGCUGGACGCAGGACAUAACUGUUCGCCUGACAGCACAGCGCCUGUUUGCUCCGGGCCCGGGGAAGUUCAGCCCGUCUGGGUUCCAGCAGGCUGCUGUGUGUCAGGUUAAACACCAAACGGCUCGCUGACUUUCUCCAUCCGGUGGUGAGCCGAAAGACGCCUCUGUUUUCUUUCAGGUGUUGACGUUGAGUAGGCCUUGUUAGCAUAUGAAGAUGACUGCACCCAAAGACGCCGUCCCUUCCUUAGCCGAAUGUCAAUGCGGAAUCUGCAUGGAAAUCCUACUGGAGCCGGUAACUCUUCCAUGCAACCACACGCUCUGUAACCCGUGCUUUCAAUCGACUGUUGAAAAGGCCAACCUGUGCUGUCCCUUCUGUCGCCGCCGAGUCUCUUCGUGGACUCGAUAUCAUACCCGAAGAAAUUCUCUUGUCAAUACAAACCUGUGGGAGAUUAUCCAAAAACACUAUGCAAAGGAAUGCAAGCUUAGAGUCUCUGGGCAAGAAUCAAAGGAAAUCGUUGAUGACUACCAGCCAGUUCGUCUGUUAAGUAAACCUGGGGAGCUGAGAAGAGAGUAUGAAGAGGAGAUAAGCAAGGUGGAGGCUGAACGACAAGCCAGCAAGGAAGAAGAAAACAAAGCCAGUGAGGAAUACAUACAGAAAUUGUUGGCAGAAGAGGAGGAGGAAGAAAAAAAACAGACAGAAAGAAGGAGAAGUGAGAUGGAAGAACAGCUGAAAGGGGAUGAAGAGUUGGCAAGGAGGCUCAGCAUCAGUAUUAACAAUAACUACGAGAAAAAUAUUUUGACUUCUCCUUCGAGUUCCAGAAAAUCAGAUGCAGUCACAAACAAGUCACAAAAGAAAAAUACAAACAAACAAAAAAAUUUUGGAGAUAUUCAAAAGUAUUUGUCACCUAAAUUGAAGUCUGGGUCUGCAGCCUGGCCUGGGUCUGAAGCUGAACAUGAAGAGGAUAAAAGCUGCAUAUCUAAGGAAAUUGACUAUAGUGACAUGAAGAGCCCUGUGUGGCAAGACACAGAAAUUGAAAAAGAUGAUAUGCCAACACUUUCUCCUCAGGUUUACUUAGAAACUCAAGAACAAGGUUCGGAGUCUUUAGUAGAGUCACCUGUGUCAUGGAUAUGUGCCAGGGAUGUCAAACAGUGCCUUGAAGGAGCAGUUGAAACACUAUCAACCUAUCCUGAUGAUAACUGUGUUGUAAAUCAUGAGGAAUCUAAAGCCAAAGUGUCCUACUCUAACGGAGCUACAGUUGGGCCUUCUGGUGAGGUAGAAAAUGAAGAGUUCUCUGUGUCCCGUGUGACCCAGUUAGCUGACGGUAACAGCGUUCCAGAAAGAGUGCACCAUCACGUAGUUGGAAAAGAGAUUUCCAAAAGAGAAGACCAGGAAUCUGAAGCAGUCAUGGAUCCAUGCUUUUCUGCAAAAAGAAGGAAAGUAUUCCUCAAAUCCUCAGAUGAAGAAGAAACAGAAGUGAAUUUUACACAAAAACUGAUAGAUUUGGAGCGUAUGCUUUUUGAGAGACAUAAGCAAGAAGAACAGGACCGAUUGUUAGCAUUGCAGCUUCAGAAAGAGGUGGAUAAAGAACAAGUAGCGCUCAACCGGCAGAAAGGCUCCCCCAACCAGUACCAGCUGCGCACAUCUUCACCCCCAGACCGGCUGCUGCACAGACAGAGGAAGAACUCCAAAGAUAGGAACUCCGCUAAGCAGACUGACUCAGAGCAUUCAAAAUCUCAGAGAAGCACAAAAGAUGAGUGUAGGCGACCCUUCAAAAGCACAUGGAAGGAUUCAGUUAAUGGAAGAAAGAUGCCACAUUCAGCUAAAGAUGAUUGUAGUAAUGUAUCUAAACGCACUUAUUCCCAACAGCCUAGUAAUUCACAGAAAAGUAUUCUUCAGAUGUUUCAGAGAUGAACCAAGCAGAGCAUGUGUAAAGAGAGUAUUCUGUAACCUAGUAAAGCUGUAUUGUAAAACUAGCACUUUUCCAUUAUAAGAUCUUGAGAUGUGUCAUCAAUUUCUGCUAAGCAAGCACACUUACUCUUGUUUUCAGGUGUGGUUACAAGAAGAAUUUACAAAUACGUUUCUGCAAAAAUCAGUGUUAAGGAAAGGUCCUUAAGAAUUGUUUCUGUUAUUAAUAACUGCUAUCCUCUAACGGCGGCAGUCUUUACAGGUGUAAGAAUGCCUAGGCAGGACAUCUUCAGGUGCCAUUCCCUUUCCAAAAAUCUUUCGGCCUUUCUUUUGUUAUGAAGGGGUGAGGAGCCUAACACUAAAGUAGUUCAUUCCCGUAGCUGCUUUAAGCUGAGCGUUCUAGCGUUUCCUGUGAUUUAGGGUGGAUCAGGAUCUACACCAACGAGUUGAC